AUGGAGCUGGGGCACACCUUGUACUCGCAGGGACUUGGGGAUAUAGGCGCUUCGUGUACGGCGGGACACACCGUGUACUCGCAGAGAUGGGGGCACAGGCACUCCGUAUAUGGGGGGGGGCACGUUUCGCGUACUCGGAAAGGCUGGGACACAGGCGCUCCGCGUACGAGUGAGGAGGGGGGACACAUUCGUUCCCCGCACUCCCAGGGACUUGGGGACAAGGCGCUUUGGGUUCCCGAGACGCACGAACACCGCGAUCCAGGGAGCUACACACCCAGCGCUCUCCCAGGAGCUAGGCACCGGUUACAGGGGCAGAUUGGUGGAGGCUCCUCGUACCAGAAAGAUGUCCCGCAUCUCCGGGAGAGACUGACCAACCAGAACCAAAUCUGGGUGAAUAACUUAAUUCCUUUUCGACCUUCAAUUCAGUUCCAAGGGCUCCAAGGGCUUGUCAAAAUUCCCAGAAAUGAUCCCAUCAAUGAAGUACAUACAUUUAACUUCUAUUUGUCAAAUGUGGGCAAAGACAACCCUCAAGGCAGCUUUGACUGCAUUCAGCAGAGAUUCUCCAGCUCUGGAGCCUCCCAGCUCAAUUGCCUAGGAUUUAUACAAGAUAAAAUUACAGUGUGUGCAACGAACGACUCGUAUCAGAUGACACGAGAAAGAAUGACCCAGGCAGAGGAGGAAUCCCGCAACCGAAGCACAAAAGUUAUUAAACCCGGUGGACCAUAUGUAGGAAAAAGAGUGCAGAUUCGGAAAGCACCUCAAGCUCUAUCAGAUGCAGUGCCUGAGAGGAAACGGUCAACCCCCAUGAACCCUGCAAAUACAAUUCGAAAGACACACUGCAGCAGCAGUGUUUCUCAGCGGCCAUAUAGGGACAGGGUGAUUCACUUACUGGCACUGAAGGCCUACAAGAAACCUGAGCUGCUGGCUCGACUGCAGAAAGAUGGUGUCAAUCAAAAAGACAAGAACUCCCUCGGAGCAAUUCUGCAACAGGUAGCUAAUCUGAAUCCUAAGGACCUCUCGUAUACCUUAAAGGAUUAUGUUUUCAAAGAGCUUCAGAGAGAUUGGCCUGGAUACAAUGAAAUUGACAGACGUUCAUUAGAGUUUGUGCUCUCAAAAAAACUAAAUGCAUCUCAGAAUGCUGCCAGCACCAGGCGUUCAGAAUCUCCUGUAUGUUCCAGUAGAGACAUUGCUUCUUCUCCUCAGAAACGGCUUUUAGAGUCAGAGUUCAUUGAUCCUUUAAUGAAUAAAAAAGCUCGAAUAUCUCACCUAACAAAUAGAGUGCCGCCAACAUUAAAUGGUCAUUUGAAUUCCACCAGUGAAAAAUCUGCAGGCCUCCUGCUGCCCCCUGCAGCUGCUGCCAUCCCCACCGCUCCACCACUGCCUUCAAACCACCUGCCCGCCUCCAACCCUCCUCAGACUGUAGAUUCUAACUCCAAUUCCCCUAGCACUCCAGAAGGCCGGGGGACUCAAGACCUACCUGUUGACAGUUUUAGUCAAAACAGUAGUAACUGUGAGGACCAGCAAGAUAAAUAUACCUCUAGGACUUCUCUGGAAACCUUACCCUCUGAUUCAGUUCUACUAAAGUGUCCAAAGCCUAUGGAAGAAAACCAUUCAAUGUCUCACAAGAAGUCCAAAAAGAAGUCUAAAAAACACAAGGAAAAGGACCAAAUAAAGAUACAUGACAUUGAGAUGAAUGAGGAAAAGGAAGAGGACCUUAAAGGAGAUGAGGAAAUUGCCAAGCUGAACAACUCCAGUCCAGAUUCCAGUGAAGGAGUUAAAGAGGGUUGCCCUGCCUCCAUGGAGCCUUCUUCAACAAUUGAACUCCCAGAUUAUUUGAUAAAAUAUAUUGCUAUCGUCUCCUAUGAACAACGCCAGAAUUACAAGGCUGACUUCAACGCAGAGUAUGAUGAAUACAGGGCCUUGCAUGCCAGAAUGGAGACUGUAGCUAGAAGAUUUAUCAAACUGGAUGCACAACGAAAGCGCCUUUCUCCAGGCUCAAAAGAGUAUCAGAAUGUUCAUGAAGAAGUCUUACAAGAAUAUCAGAAGAUCAAGCAGUCUAGUCCCAAUUACCAUGAAGAAAAAUACAGAUGCGAGUAUCUUCAUAACAAGCUGGCUCAUAUCAAAAGACUGAUAGGUGAAUUUGACCAACAGCAAGCAGAGGCAUGGCACUAGCUCUGCUUGGACAGAAGAUGUGAAUAAACUUAAGCUUAUUUAUUUAAAAUUCCAAAUGAGUUGCUCUAAGAUUCUAAAAAAGGAAACUUUGCCUGUUGAAAGUUUCAGUAUUUGUAAACUUGAGUUAACUAUUUUUUUUCUUUCUGUCCCCCUCCCACAACCCCUAAUUUCUUUGCCUCCCUGCAAUUUUGAAGCUGCUUUUUCUGGUCCUUCCCCUCCUCUCCUGCCCCCCUGUCAAGACUUGUGUUUGUCAAUAGAAGUAAAUUUUUUUAGAUAUUGGGGAUCCAGUAUCUAUACUUUAAAUCAGUUUUUUGUUCUUAUAAACUUGUUUGUAAUUAGCAAUGAUUUUUUUAGAUAUUGGGGAUCCAGUGUCCACACUUCAAAGUUAUGUGUGUUAAAAAACAAACCAGUAAUGUGCAAGGUGAAAUGCGUUUGGAUAAACAUAAGCCUAUUUUCUGACCUUUCUUAAUGCAAACUCUUUGCCUUAAAUGGUAGAAAAUUUAGAAAUUUGCACAAAAUACAAAAAAAAUUAAAACAUUGUAUUGGAGGGUUAAGAAAUAAAAAGGUCUACGAGUAUGUAAUAUGUGUGUAGCUACACAUACACAUAUAUAUAUACAGGCUAACUUAAUCUAGAACAGUAAAGUGCCCUGCAAGUUAACCCCCCAUUGCAAUGGUUGCCUUAAGGUGUUUGCUAGUUAUGUACAUAGUGUGGUUAAUCAUUAGCUACACUGCUUCCCACCUGAUUGGAGCAACGGGAAGCACACUGUGGCCUACCAGCGUCUGAACGUGUGCGCGACCUGUGUGUGUGCAGAGGUGGUGUGGAUGUGAGCGUGCAUGAAGGAAAAAAAGCUGCUACUCUUAGUAGGCCAAACGCUCAGGUUAAACAACUGACGAGUGUUACUGUAGGUUUUUGUUUUUGUUUUUGUUUUGUCCAAUUGCUACUUCUAUUGUGAAAGACAAAAGCAUUUCCAUUUCAACUGUUUGUCAGCUUUGUCGUUGGGCAAAAUUGGUAUGUUAUGAAAAUGAAACAAAUCUAUAGUUUUGGGGCAAAAUUAUAAAAUUAAAUAUGUAGGUAAACUAUUUAUAUACUGCUAUAAAGUAUUUUUUGAGGAGAGAUGUGCAAAGAAGUUAUUACCUACAUGAAAUGUAUAUUUAAAGAUUUUUUUCUUCAUCCUGGGUGCCAGGAAUAUAAAAAAGAGUGGAUAUAUUUAACAAUAGCAUACUGUGAUUCAUCAAACAGCACAAACUUUCAGUUCAUGGAGUUUAUCUGUUGACAUUGAUUUAAACUAUCACUUGUUUUAUCAUGUGGGAACAUAAGUUAUGUCAAAAUGUAAGGAUUUUGAACUAAUGUUGAUUCAAGUUGUGUUGUCUUACCGUAUUGUCUUUUCAAAGUGCUGCCAGUUAAAAAGGGAAGCAUUAUGUUUACAAAUCUGUUUUGAAAUGUUUGCCAAAUUUUGGUAGUAUCUUUAAUAAAGAUGUUUGUCUCCAGCAUCCAAAAAAUAAAUAACUCUGUUGUGUAUCACUGUAAA